GAACGUACAAAGGGUUCAGUUCAGUUUUCAGUGAGUCGGCAUAUGGGCAACUGCAGCAGCAGCAGCGGCUUCUUCUCUCUUCCGAAACGGGGAAGCAAGCUACUCAAACUCAACAAUGGCAUGGUCUCGGUCGACGAUGAGGGUGGGACUCACGAAGGGAUAAAGACCAUUCCGGUGCAGAGAGCCUGCGAGUUCACCACGAACUCCGUGCUCUGCGUCUGCAUCGUCACUUGGAACAUGAACAGCAAGAUGUCCGCGGAAGAUGUGGCGAAGCUGGUGAGCUCCGACAGGAAGUUCGAUCUGCUGGUCGUCGGGCUGCAGGAGGCGCCGAAGCCAGACGUUUCAAGGGUCCUGCAGGAGGCGUUGGCGGGGACACACGUGCUGUUGGGUCAGAAGAGCAUGCAGUCUCUCCGGAUGCUUCUUUUCGGUUCAAGGAGCUCGGAGAAGUACAUCAGAGAGAUGAAGGUGGACAAACACGCGGUUGGGGGUUGCGGGGGUAUCAUCGGGAGGAAGAAAGGAGCGGUGGCCAUGUACAUCAACUUCAGCGGGAUCCGGAUGGUCUUCGUGUCCUGCCAUCUUGCAGCUCACGAGCACAAGGUGGAGAAGAGGAACGCGGAGUUCCAGCACAUCUCGCAGUCGCUCUUCGCCAGGUACGGCGCGCCGACGCCGUACGCGCAGUCUGCCGACAUAACGGUGUGGCUGGGCGACCUCAACUACAGGCUCCAAGGGAUAAGCUCGACACCGGCGAGGAAGAUGAUCGAGGAGAACCGCCAGAGCAAGCUAAGAGGCAGAGACCAGCUGCUGCAAGAGGCCGAGAAGGGCCAGGUGUUCAGCGGCUACUGCGAGGGGACGCUGUCGUUUAAGCCCACGUACAAGUACGACGUCGGGGGCAGCGUCUACGACACCAGCUACAAGGUACGAGUGCCUUCGUGGACGGACAGGAUACUGUUCAAGGUUGGCCAGUCUUCAGGCCUGGAUGCAGUGCUGAGCUCGUACGAAUCACUCGACUGUGUCCGGAGCUCCGACCACAAGCCUGUGAAGGCGCAUCUCUGUCUCAAAGUACGCAGUGAUGGUGAUGCUGACUGAUAUCCAGUACUGGCGGUUACUUCUGCCGAUUAACAUGACAUGCUACGAUGAAAAUGUUCUAGUUUGGAAUGGUGAUUAUACUCUAGUAUAUUUUAUAACAUGGCGCUCGAUCUUAGCUUGUGGGCCAAUUGUUUCAGAACGUGCCAUUCUUUCUUAUUCUAUUUUCUCCCCUUUUGUUUCUCCUUGUACAACUAUGGCUAUCUAUACUACUUAUUAAGGCUCUAAGGGUAGCCUGCCUUUUUUC